AUGAGUUCAGAUGUUAAUGCUUCAUUAUAUAUCGUGCCCGAUUCUGAAGAAGAAGAUGAUAACCUUGAGAUCAUUUUCAAACCAUUUGAAUAUUCAGAUGCUAGCAUUGAUUCUGAUUCGGAGUUAUCUCCAUUGAAUCAAGACGUUCAUUUUAAUGAACGAGAAUCUAACAAUGAUCUAAAUGAAGAAGAACCCAUUCCAGGUGCAGAAUUAUCACUACAAAGUGAAAGAAGAUUAAGUGUAAGUAGUGAAGAAAAUAAUUAUAUUGAUGGUAUUAGUGGAAGGCAUUUAAGAAAGAGAAAAGCUAUUCAAAAGAACCCAUACAGUUUAGAAAGACUGAAGCAUAGACAAUUUUUGCAAGGUUAUGACAUCACCGGAUAUGAUUCUAUAUUAGAUGGUGUUAAAAUAGCAAACAAACCAAUUGAUCCAGAUUCACAAGAAAAGGAAAUAGAGAAACCUUUUAGACUUUAUGAUUCUGGAAGUGAGGAUUAUGAUUAUAUUAUGCCAGAGAAUAGCGAUAAUGAUAAUGACCAAGUUGAUGAUAGGCAGGCUACAGAUAGUGAGGCGGAGACAGAAGUUAAUGGGUUUUACAAUCAUACAGGGAUAUCAAAUGACUAUAGUAUGCAAGAUCCCAUCACAUAUACAGACAAUAUUCUCAAUAAUGAUCAACAUAACAGAAUUUCAACAGAUAUAACAGGGAGCACAACUCAAGAUUUGUCAGAUGAAGAUAGCGGCAACGAUUAUUCAGUUGAAGAGGAAAUUAAAUUUAGAGGAAGAAAACUUGAUGUCAAAAAUGGUUAUAGAGGCAUAUUGCCUAGAAUUCUAUGGGAAAAGUCUUUGAAAGAAACAACCAGCAACAAAAAAAAUAGAAGCCGACAGGUAGUUCAUUUAAAUCAAAAGGGUGUUGCAAAGAAGAAGAAAAUCGUAGCAGUACGGGAUGAUUUCGAGUCUGAUCUCUUGAAGGAAAUGAUAGUAGGCGAUGAUGAUGAAGAUGUUUAUGAAGGAACUAGUCAGGACAAUCCAGUGAUAGUCGAAAACAAUGAACCCUCUCCUAAUGAUCUAGACGAAUUAAAUGCAUAUUACAACCAGAAAUAUAAAGAUGAAUAUUCAUUUGACGACUUUCAAAAUGAUUAUGUUUCCGAUGAACAGGUUAUCUAUCUCCCUACCGGAGAUCCAGAAAAUAAUACAGAAGAAGUCGAAAUUUUACUAGAACGCGAUAUAUCUGAUGUUACAAGAUACCAGAGCAUUAAUGAAAUAAUAAACGUAAAUCCGCAAACAGAUAGUGCUAAUGAAUCUAAUAGGGGUAUCAUUGAUGAAAUGCUCUCAAAUCAAACUGCGAAAUCUAAUUCAAGUAAUUUAAAAUCCAAACAAUCGCAUUCAAGAAAAUUUGGUAAAAAACGGGCCAAUGUCAGAAAUACCAAUAUAAAUAGAGUCAAUAGAAAUACUUCAAAAUUAAUUACUUCAAAAAAGAGUAUUAGAAAACCUCAUUCAUCUCAACAGAGGCUAUCUUUCCAGAAUGUUGCAACUAAUAAAAAACAUUUAGAAGAUUCAUCAAUAUCGCGAGUAACUGAUCAAAUACAUCCGAAUGAUAAAGAGGAAUCAGAUAAAGAAGAAGGGAAAAAGAAGUCUAGUUCUGUAAGUAAGUUUCCAGGCCUAUAUCCCAGCCCAAAUUCUGAUAUUUCAAGGAAAAUCAAUACAUUUGUCACAAUUCUAGAAGCGCCCAGCAAUAAAUAUUCUGUCACAAAGGGGAAAGGCAUUUCUUCUAAAUAUGACUCAGCGGAUGAGAAAAGACCUGAAUCUAGUCUUGAUAUUUUACACAAUUUAGAUUCAAUUCAAGUAUUAUUCUUUAAUAAGAAGAUUAAUCCACCUGAUGUUAUUACAGUCCAUAUUAAUAAGAAAAAGUUCACGUUAUCAAAAUUGGGUUCAAAUGAUGUUGCAAAAGGAUUGAAUGAAAUAUUUUCCGAAAUAUUGAAAACUGGUGUUACGGACGUCGAUUUAGUAAAUGGCUGUAAAUUGAUUUCAGAAUUCAUUCUUUUCUUAAAUAAUACAGACCUUUAUUAUGUUGUUGACAACUUCAAUAAAAGAUUCAGAUCGAAGGUAAGUGCCAUAAGGGACAAAGCUAAACCGAUUCAUUUUUAUCAAAUUGCGUUUUGUCUACUUUUCUUCUAUGCAAUAACGAAGUACUCAACUGUGUCUAAUAGCUUAAGAAAACAAAUUGAGUUAAAAAUUGUAGAUGAUACUAUAAAGUUCUUCACUCUUCUCUCAGUUUGUUACGAUAAUGUAGAAAAUCAGGAAGAUGAAUAUCUUGAUGAUGCUUAUGUUAUAUUGAACCUUAUUAUAUCAAAUCUCGACAACGUUGACGAAAUAUGGGCAAGUCUUGAGUUGCAUUCUUUUAGACCCUCUGUCGCAAUGAAGUUAGUCCAUUUAUUCCCAGUAAAAACUCAAAAGUGGUCAAUUAUUGAAACAGAUGGCACAUACCAUUCUAUUGCUAAUGCUUUCAAAUGGGUCAACUAUUGUGAAGGUAUAUUAAGCUGGAGAAUAUCUAAUGAAAUUGCUCUUUUCUUUAACAAUAUAUUCAAGAGGAGAAGAUAUAUUGAUUUUGAAGAAGAAUCGGUUGCCUCAAACAAUAACAUUGUUAUGUCAGAUUUAGCAACAGGCAGGUUACCUGGUACGCUAUUUAAUAAAUAUUUGGGUAUACUUGAUACUCUUGAUUUAUCUGAAGCAAUGAGAGAAAAAGUUAUUCCGAUCAGUCAGGUUCAGGGAACAGAUCCUCUACAAAUAUUAGUAAACAGAAUAAAUUUACUGUUGUUGAUCGCGAAAAAUUCGUCAAUCAAUUUAGAAAAAAGACUAGAAGAUCUUUUGAAACCACUGAUAUUAGAGUAUUCUUCUAAAAAAAUAAACAUAUUGGAGUCAAGAAAAUUAUCUUCUAUUUUGCUAACUGGCAUAUCUACUCUAAUGGAAAUAAACUACUCCAAAAAACUGCAUUAUAAAUCAAAUCUCACGCUACUGGUUUAUCGACAUAUAGUGUCUACUAAUAAUGACGUUUCUGAAAUAUGGAUUUCUUACUUGAAUAGGAUUGCAAAUGUGUUCAAAACUUAUACUGUUUCAAAUGUAGCUACUUUGAAGACUUUGUAUAAGUGUCUGACACAUCCAAUCCAGGAGUCAAUGACACAGCAAGGAUCCAAAUUAAUAAUUGAAUUACUAUUAUCUAGAAUGAAUGAACUAGGUGAUCAAUGGGUCCAGGAUAAAUUAUUUAAAAUAGUACAAUCAAAGGUUGCUGAAGAAAGAUUUUGGAUUGAUGCGUAUUGUAUUACUGGUAAAUUUUUACUAGAUAGACGUGUUUUGUCAUGGUGGUCCUUUUUUAUGUUUAAUAAUUUAGAACAUGCACUAGAAAAUAAAAUUUAUUUCUACUACAAGACAUUGGAGAUUUGUGACGAAGACACCUAUAAUCUAAUUAGGGAACCUAUUUUUGCAUUGACAGUCGAUCAUAUUCUAACAAAAAGGAAUAGAAAUUUCCGUAACUUUGUUUCUUUAUUGCUGCAGAAGGAAACAAAUAUUCAUUUGAAAUAUUUCAUUAAUAAUACAGAACAAGAAUGGCUGCAAUUCACAAAGAAAUUAAUAAACACUUUAUUCUCAUUAUCAUUGACAAAUUUAAUAACUCGGUUGAUUUCCAAUAUUUUAAAGGUUAUACGAGAAGAUUCCGAGUCUAAAGAUUAUUUGAACAAUAUUGUGCUAUUCAUCAACGAGAACUAUUACGAUACCCUAAAAAGUAAUCAUGAAUUCAUUAUAUUGAAGAGAGAUCUGGGUAUAUCUGAUACUGAGAUGGAAAAGUCUAAUUUCAGGGAAAUUUGUUUGUCAUAUAAUGACAAACUCCAGACAUCAGAAUAUAUCGAAAACGGUUUGAUAAGCGCAUUAUUAAUAAAUAAUGAAAUUUCUAACUAUGAAGGGAAGAUUAAGUCUCUUUUUCAAUUUAAAUUGUUCGAUCAACCCAUCGAUUUUUUUUCAAAAUUAAUUGAAGGACAUGCAUUUACUGGGGAAGUUGAUUUUGAUGCCAUGCUUUCUUUUAUAGCUGUCAAUUACAUGAAAGUUAUUAACAGUUAUAUAAGAGGAAAGUUCUUACAAUUAACCCCUGAAGAAUUUACAAAUCUAUGCUACUUAUAUUCUGUAAUUUGUAAGAGUUUUCCAUUCAAUGAAAAUACACCAUACAAUAGACACAUUGAUGAGUUCAAAAGUGAAUGCACCAAAUUGCAAUCUGCAACUCUGAAUAUAUCCGAUGGUUUUCUAGAGAAUAAGCUUCUCCUAGACUUAUCUAAUGGCACCUUGAGUUCAGAAGUUUCUCCAAUUUAUGUCACAGAAGGUUUAUUAACAUCAAUUAUUCGAAAAAUUAUCCGCAUACACGCCGAAUCAUUAAAGGAAGCUAUGUCCAAGAUCCAAGAGAUUACUGACCCAUUUGAAUACGUGAGUUAA